AUGAGGGAAGCACUCAGCUUAUCACACACGUGCGACCUUGAUAUACAGUUUAACUUGCGACUUGACAUCAACAUCGAUGUAGAUGAUCUAAGAACAAGGCUCAUGUUUCCUCCUGCAACCAACGUGCAAGAACUAAGGUUUCAAACGACUAGGGAUGAUUGCAUGUGGGAACGAUCCCUGUUUUUUGAUGCAUUCUUUGAGAUUUGCCAUCCCAAGCGCGUAUAUGCAAAGCCAGACGAUCACUUCAACCACAACAAUCACUUUUGCAGACUCAUGCUGAGGGAGGUCUUGGAAAAGAAGACCACCACAACCACCACCACUACUGGAAUCGUGUAUUGGCCUCAUUACCUAAAACAUGUUCAAAUAAAACAGCCUCUUGAUCAAAAAUGGGAAACCCUAACAAAUUCCCAUAGAAGCUUUCUAGACGGGUCCACUCCUGAUGUCUACUUGUACUUCAAUCUAAACUGGUGCUAA